AUGCGGGAAUCCCCCGCGUCAAAAACUUUUACACAACAAGAAGCAUCCACCUUGGUUAAUGUCACCAAGGAAUCGGAGUUGAUGCUCUUGCUUCAAGAAUUGCUCAAUUCCAACAUGAUCAAAUUGAGCAAAACCGGUGACGAAAUCCGGUUUCAGGCAGUUAGCGUUGACGAUGCCAAGAAAUUGGGCAGCAUGAGUGAUGAUGAGCGGAUGAUUUAUUCCUACAUUGAAGCUAGUCAACGUGAGGGGAUAUGGACAAAGACUCUAAAAGCAAAGACUAAUCUUCACCAGCAUGUCGUGUCCAAGUGUUUGAAGAACUUGGAGCAUCAGCGGUACAUCAAAUCGAUCAAAUCGGUGAAACAUCCAACACGGAAAAUAUACAUGUUGUAUCAUUUACAACCUAGUAUUGAUGUCACUGGUGGUCCGUGGUUUACUGAUUCGGAAUUGGACACGGAGUUCAUCGAUACGAUAUUGGAAAUUGUAUGGAGGUUUAUUGUCAACAAGACGUUUCCCAGAUCAGAACUGGAACAGUAUCCAGUGAACCCGUUACAGGCAUCGUAUGUGGCAUCGUUCCAAGGAGUUGAUCUAGAUCAGAUCUUGGAGUUUAUCAACCAGAGUGGUGUGAGUUCAGUCGAAUUGGAGCUCAAUGAUAUACGAUCAUUGUGUGAUGUGUUGAAGUAUGAUGAUAAAGUGGAAGAGGUUGAUGAACAUAGUGGGUUGUUCAAAGCAACGAGACAGAGUUUGUUGGAAAAGGGUUUAAUGAGGAAUUUGGAAGAGUUGAAAGGACAAAUCCCAGAACUAACGAGAGAGUAUCUUGUCAAGAACAAAGAGUAUUCGAUAUUUGAUUUCAAGACUCAAGUCGAGGAUUUUCAAGAUGAACAAGACUUUGUGAAUCUAGAUAGUUUUGUAAAUGUAUAG